AUGGAGUACAGCAGGCUGCUGACCACGAAGAACACCUUCCUUGACUGCGAGUCCCCCUGGACGGAGCCCGUGGAGCUGCCCCGGCGGCCAAGCUCCGACCCCGGCGCCUCCAACGGGACCAGCGCCAGCACGGACCAGACCGAGUCCUCCGUGGGGUCCCGUGCGGUGGGCGCCCGCGAUUCGAGCGGCGCAAGCAAGGAGGGCGCGGCCUUCGUGACCAUGUCGAGGACGCAGCGCCGCGCCAAGCAGCGCAAGGACUCGAAGGCGAUGAAGGCCAGGGCCGCCCUCCGCAACUCCUCCUCCGGCGCGAGCCUGAACUCGGAGCAGGACGACCUGGCGCUGGGCCAGGCCGUUGCCGCUGUCAAGCUGGCGGCUCAGGACGCUAAGGACGGCGCCCAGCCGCGGACGCAGUGCACGAAGAUCUCGCUGUGA